CACUUAUUCUACCAAGGAACUCGAUAUUCCCAAAAACAACCACCCAAAAGAUGGGAAACAAUGGAGGGCCAAGGCAUUUGCCUUGGCUGGGGAAGGGUUACACCUUAAUGUUAUGCCUAUUUUUCACUAGCGCUCUAGCCACGGAUCCUUACAUGUAUGUUUCCCCUCCGCCGCCUCAUCACGGCCACCAAGGCCACCCUUACAAACACCAUGGUCAUGUCAAGUCUCCGCCACCACCAUCUCCGGCUUACCAUUACAAAUCUCCACCCCCACCAUCACCUUCACCGCCACCUCCUUACGUCUAUAAAUCUCCACCACCACCCGUUCAUUCACCACAUCCUCCGUAUUAUUACAAGUCACCACCCCCACCAUCGCCUUCACCCCCACCUCCCUACGUCUAUAAAUCACCACCACCACCCAUGCAUUCACCACCUCCGCCAUAUUACUACAAGUCACCACCUCCUCCAUCGCCUUCACCACCACCUCCUUACGUCUAUAAAUCACCACCACCGCCCAUGCAUUCACCACCUCCCCCAUAUUACUACAAGUCACCACCCCCACCAUUGCCUUCACCACCACCUCCUUAUGUAUAUAAAUCUCCACCACCACCUGUUCAUUCACCACUUCCUCCCUAUGUUUAUAAAUCUCCACCACCACCCAUGCAUUCACCACUUCCUCCAUAUUACUACAAGUCACCACCUCCACCAUCGCCUUCCCCACCACCUCCAUAUUACUACAAGUCACCACCCCCACCAUCACCUUCACCACCACCUCCUUACGUCUAUAAAUCUCCACCACCACCCAUGCAAUCACCACCUCCUCCUCCAUACUACUACAAGUCACCACCCCCACCAUCACCUUCUCCACCACCUCCUUAUGUCUAUAAAUCUCCACCACCACCCAAGCAUUCACCACCUCCAUAUUACUACAAGUCACCACCACCACCAUCACCGUCUCCUCCUCCUCCCUACGUCUACAAAUCUCCACCACAUCCAAUGAAGUCACCUCCACCUCCAUACCACUAUUCAUCUCCACCACCUCCAAAGAAGUCUCCUCCACCAUACUACUACAAGUCUCCCCCUCCACCAAUAAAAUCACCUCCUCCACCUAUUUACCACUACAAGUCACCACCCCCUCCAAAGAAAUCCCCAUCACCGCCGCCUUACUAUUACAAGUCUCCCCCGCCACCGGUACACUCACCACCACCUCCAUACUACUAUAAAUCUCCACCACCACCCGCGCAUUCGCCACCUCCACCAGUGUACCACUACAAGUCUCCCCCUCCCCCAAUGCACUCAUCAUCUCCUCCAUACGUUUACAAGUCCCCCCCACCUCCAAUGAAGUCUCCUCCACCGACAUACGUUUACAAAUCACCGCCUCCUCCAAUGCAUAAACCACCAACUCCAUACUACUACAGCUCUCCGCCACCUCCAUACUAUUAGUACUGAAUGAGCAAAACUGUUCAAGUUAGUAUACAUUAGAACAAUAUUGAAUCAAGUUGCCGCAAGAAUAAGUCAUUGAUGCGAUAUUGGUCUUCUUUUUCUUAAUGAUUAAUUGUAAAAUUGUUUUUUGUUCUUGUGAAAGUGUACCUAAUAGUGAUUGUUUGAAUAAAAAUUUUACAUCAUUAAUACA